UGUUUGUUCAAGUGGCUAUAAAAGUUGUGAAGAAAUUUCCCUUUCCGACAGUUUUCAAUUGAACCGUGCUGGCAGACUGCGAACCGAAAUGGUCAUCAAAGACAGCGAAUUCGAGGAUUCCCUCAACUUUGCCUUGCUUCGUGGUGAUAUGGGUACCAUUUGGGACACCAGCAAGGACGAACGGAUGGUGUGUGGAACCAUGAAUCCGGAAUUGAUCCAGCGUACCAAGGAGCGAGCCAUACGAGCACAGUUGAACUCCGCGGAUGGAGACACCUGUGAACUCCACGACCAGUUCUAUCGGGAUCAUAAACUACUGCUGGUUCUGUUCCGCGCUCUGGCUGUGAUGCCGAUUCUGAGAUCAUCCCCAGGAAGAAUCACCUUUGACUGGAGAUCGUGGGCAUCAAUCUAUGCGUAUUUCUUCUACGUCAUGAGCACCGGUGUGGUGCUGUUUGUAGGAUAUGAGCGACUCAAGAUUCUACAGGACACCAAGAAAUUCGACGAGUACAUCUACGGAGUUCUGUUUAUUAUUUUCUUGGUUCCGCAUUUCUGGAUUCCAUUCGUCGGUUGGGGAGUCGCGAAGCACGUCGCAGUCUACAAAACGAUGUGGGGUGCAUUUCAAGUUCGGUACUACCGUGUUACCGCAACUAAUCUACAAUUUCCUCAUCUCAAAAUCCUAAUCGUGAUAUUAUCCGUUGGCUGUUUGGUCUGUGCAAUUGUGUUUCUUCUAUCGCUCAGUUUUCUCCUGGAUGGGUUCGCCUUGUGGCACACUUGCGCUUACUAUCACAUCAUCACCAUGCUGAACAUGAACAGCGCCCUCUGGUAUAUCAACUGCCGUGGGAUACAGGUAGCUUCAUCCAGUCUAUCCGAUCGCUUUCGGACAGACGUUGGCAUCGAGUGCACUGCAGCUAUGAUCUCCCAGUAUCGCUUUCUCUGGUUGAAUCUCAGUGAACUGCUUCAAGCCCUGGGCAAUGCCUAUGCAAGAACCUACUCCACGUAUUGUCUGUUCAUGUUCAUCAACAUAACGAUUGCCAUCUACGGAGCGCUGUCGGAAGUGAUCGAUCAUGGGUUUGGAUUUUCCUUCAAAGAGAUUGGCUUGAUUGUUGAUACUGUUUAUUGCUCCACUUUGCUGUUCAUUUUCUGUGAUUGUUCUCACAAUGCUACGUUACAGGUGGCUCAAGGAGUCCAGGAUACACUGCUUGGGAUCAACCUGCUGAAGGUCGAUCAACCGACGCAAAAGGAAAUUGAUAUUUUCAUUCAGGCGAUCGAAAUGAAUCCGGCUAUCGUCAGUCUCAAGGGGUACGCUGAAGUGAACCGGGAGUUGCUGACGGCGAGCAUCUCAACAAUCGCCAUCUACCUGGUUGUGCUGUUGCAAUUCAAACUAUCGUUAAUUUCACAGCAAAUGCCGUUAGAUAUGAUGGAAAAUGUUAAGAAUUUGCAGAAGAGUAACUAG